AUGGCCUGGCGUUAUCUGCGCGUCUCAUCAAGACUUUCCCGACCCUUCUUUUCAUUCGCCGGGCCUGCGAUCAGCAGAGGAUGCAGCCUUGGCAAUAUCCUCGCGAACCGGCACUUCGUUUGCUCGACCCGGGAAUUAUCGAAGGGGGCGAUGCAAACAAGGGGCUUUGCAGCUGCUGGUGGAACCAGUGCGUUCGAUGGACGAGUUACCCAAGUCAUCGGAGCCGUGGUUGACGUGCAAUUCGACGGAGAAUUACCGCCGAUCAUGUCAGCCCUUGAAGUGGACGGACACGACGUCCGCCUCGUAUUGGAAGUUGCCCAACACCUUGGCGAAAAUACUGUGCGGACUAUCGCGAUGGAUACCACGGAAGGGCUCGUUCGCGGGCAAGGGGUUGUCAACACCGGAAGUCCCAUCCAGAUACCAGUUGGGCGUGCCACUCUUGGUCGGAUCAUGAACGUCAUCGGAGAGCCCAUCGAUGAAUGCGGACCGAUCGAAACAAGUUCUACUCUUGCAAUUCACCGCGAAGCACCACCUUUUGUUGAUCAAAGCACGGAGAUGGAAAUGCUCGUCACCGGCAUUAAGGUGGUUGAUCUUUUGGCACCCUACCAGAAAGGUGGCAAAAUAGGCCUUUUUGGUGGCGCUGGUGUCGGGAAGACCGUGUUUAUCAUGGAGCUUAUCAACAACAUCGCAAAAGCACACGGUGGUUUCUCGGUAUUCGCCGGAGUUGGAGAACGCACCCGGGAAGGAAAUGAUCUGUACCACGAAAUGAUUGAAGGCGGAGUCAUAAAGCUUGGAAACCAAGCGAGCGACUCCAAAUGUACGCUCGUUUAUGGGCAGAUGAAUGAGCCUCCGGGAGCUCGAGCCCGAGUCGGACUAACUGGUCUGACGGUCGCCGAGUACUUCAGAGAUUUUGAAGGGCAGGAUGUUCUUCUGUUCGUGGACAAUAUAUUCCGCUUUACACAAGCGAAUUCAGAAGUUUCAGCAUUACUCGGUCGAAUCCCAUCUGCGGUGGGCUACCAGCCUACCCUUGCUACCGAUCUCGGCGGUUUGCAAGAGCGAAUCACCACCACAACGAAAGGUUCUAUCACCUCUGUUCAGGCUAUCUAUGUCCCUGCAGACGAUCUCACUGAUCCUGCCCCCGCAACAACAUUUGCUCACCUUGAUGCAACCACAGUUCUCUCACGAGGAAUCGCAGAGCUUGGCAUUUAUCCGGCUGUUGAUCCCCUUGAUUCAACUUCGAGGAUGCUGUCCCCCCUUGCUCUUGGUGAAGAACAUUAUGCAACAGCACGCGGGGUGCAGAAAGUUUUGCAGGACUACAAGAAUCUCCAGGACAUCAUAGCCAUUCUAGGAAUGGACGAGCUUUCCGAAGAGGACAAAAUGACCGUCUCACGGGCUCGUAAAGUCCAGCGGUUCUUGUCGCAACCUUUCCACGUGGCUGAGGUAUUCACUGGAACUCCUGGAAAGUACGUGGACCUCAUGGACACCAUCUCAGGAUUCAAAGGCCUACUUGGAGGUCAGUAUGAUGAUCUUCCUGAGAUGGCAUUUUACAUGGUUGGCGACAUCAAUGAGGUCGUGGCAAAAGCAGAUGAACUUGCAAAACAAGUAGCAUAG